AUGUGGUAUGCACGUUUGCCUGGCUACCUACCUGGCUGGUUGCUGCACAGCCUGGAGUUAUACAUCACUGCUCCCCCGCUGGUGUUUGAGCGCGUUGUCGCAAACAUCGCCAACUCGCUUAAAGCAACAUCCUCUCCUAUAGCUAUAGAUAAUCCGCCCCCCGGCCAAAUCGAUCCACCCACCGCCAGACGUGCAGGCUCACCCAGUCUCAACCCACCCACCGCCAAGCACCAACACACCCGAACCGCCCGCCCGCCGCGCCCAAGCUCCGCACCGGCAGCUUCCACACAUCCGAGGUCACCCCCCCACGACGCCGCCAUCGGCGCCACCAACCUCAUCACCUUCUCCCCGCCCUACCCCACUGCCCCGGGCAUCAUCACCGGCCUCGGCCUCGUCAGCAUCGCAGGCUCAGGCACCCUCCGCGCCACCACCCACGCGCGCAACAUCACCCCAAAACACUUUUCCAUCCACGCCCUAACCCACUGCCCCAGCAGCGCCUCGUGGCUCGAGAUCGCGCCCGACGACGCCGACCUGCAGCACGGCACCUCCAGCACGACGCAGGACCACCCGGCGAUGGAGAAGAAGCGCGAGACGACAUGGGCGCAGGGCGUGUCUGCGGCCGGGUUUGACUUGUGUGUGGCCUCGGGGAUGGAGUCGAUGUUGUUUGCGGCGGAGGUGUCGUGGGCCGCGUGUGCGGCGGAUAGGCCGGAUACGGUGAUGGGGACGUUCCAGACGACGUCGGUGCCGCUCCCGAGGAGGGAGACGGGCUUUGAGGCGGGGCGCUUCAGGGAUGAGCCGGUGAAGGUGUUUCUGGCGAUUAAUCGGUUUGCGGCAAAUAUGGGGUCCGAUGUGAAUCUGAGGGUCUCGUGGAUAAGGCGGGGCUGA